GUCCAGGAUGCUAAAAUACCUCAUUUCAAAUGAAAAAAUCCAAAAAAUUCCAAGUCAAAAAAAGUCGGUAUUUUCGGUAUCGGUAUAUACCGAUGUUCGGUAUUUUCGGUAUUCGGUAUACCGAUACCGGUGCAUACCUACUCAGUAUAACGCACGUUUCAGUAUCAUCAACUUUACACGUGCAAAGGCCAUAACGACACAUUUUAUUCAAUAACGACCUAUCACCGUAUUUACAGUAUCUUAUGUAGCAAAUGCUAAUGACAUUUUUUGUUUCUUAGUAACGAUAAUGUUGUGCCAAGUUUAACUCUUUUAUAAGGCUGAACAUUCGCGAUGUUCAUUGUCUUCGUAUUCUUUAUUCUCUGAACUGUCUUAUGGUGGUCUCAACUUCCAUCUGUACUUCUUCAGCUUCCAAAUCGUACUUUCAGCUAAUUAACACCACUACCGCAGCUGCAUUAUUCCUUUUUUUAGUUCUGCGCUUACAUUCUUAAUUAGCUUAUACUUCAAUCUGUUUUUGAUAUACAAUUGAAUUUCAGUAUAUCAAAUUCUAGAUCCCGUUGUAUUUCAUAAUAAACUUUUAUAAAAUUGAAUAGUUAAAUAAAUUUGACAAAACACGUCAUAAAACGCCCUGUUAUGUUCUUAGAUAUAUUAUGAAAGGUUUUUCUUGCAUGAUGAGUUUGUGACAUCAGGUUUAGGCUAGUAAGAAUUGCAUUAGCCAUUCAAAUGCAAGGGCUUUCAGUCUGCUAGAAGGUCUCUUAACAUCGGCGAGGAUAUGUCAAAUGAUUUGAAAAAGUGACUUCCUAUCGCUCCGUUGACUGAAAGUGUAGAAUUCUAUGAUGAAGAUAGUUUACUUUAUUGGGCCCAAGAUUAAAGAACUAUGGCAGAUCAAGAGGGGACAAUUAUUUCGUCUGCCGUCUUGAUGACUCGUUUUUAGAGAUGUGCACGGGUGCCAUUUUUUCGUACCCGAUCCGCAACCAACUUAAGCCUAAACAUUUUUUCCAGCUAAAAAAUUAGCUGGAAUAAAAAGUUUAUUUUUCGGUUCAAGAUGUCAAAUUAUCAUUACAUCGUCAGGUAAUUCUUUUUUGAACCUUCAUGUAUUUUAGUUAAACUCCUGUAUUUUUUCACUAAAAUUUUGUAGGUUUCCACUAGAACCUUCCAGUUUUUGGGUAAACUGAAAAAAUUAGAACCCGUACCCAACGUUUGGGUCGGGUCGGAUACGAGUCGGGUUGCACAUCUCUACUCGUUUUGUAUGAGGAUAAGCAACAAGAAAAAUGUGUACUUGUAGUUACAUUUUUAAGACGUUAAAGUCAUUUCUUUUAUGAUCGUUUUGCUGUAGAGAUAAGUAAAUUUUGCUCUGUUGAUGUAUUUCACUUACGUGAUGGCGUGUUAGAAUAGUCUAUUGGAAUAAAUUAUACUUUUCUGAUUGAGUAUCGAAAAAUAGUCAAAAAUUCCCUCUUUUAUUAGCUUAACUAUUUUAUAAAAAUGCAGUAGGAAGCGGAAAAGUCUGCAUUAUCACUGAUUUCAAAUUCCUUUUUCUCUUCUAGGUAUAACACGUGCUGAAUUAUUAGAUGAAAUUUUAUUAGCAAUUGCUGCUGGUUUCGAGACAACUUCGACCGCUUUGGCCUGGUUCAUUUUCUACAUGAGUAAACAUCCACAUGUUCAACAAGAAAUUAAGCGCGAAUUACGAGACAAUGAGAUAAUAUCCACCACUUAUCUCACUCUUGAUUUACUUGAUAAAUUAAUCUAUGUCGAUUGUGUGAUGAAAGAGGUACUGCGCAUGGCACCCAUUAUCGAUUGUACAAUACGAACAUUGUUAAAAGAUGAUGAGUUUAAUGGUAUAAAAGUGCACAAAGGUGAUUCAAUAAUGAUUGCAGUUCACAAUGUUCAUAUGGAUGAACGAUAUUGGAAUGUAAAUCCACAUGAAUUUCGACCUGAACGAUUUAUGAAUGAAGAUAAAAAUUAUAAUCCGUAUGCAUUAGGCACAUUUGGCGGUGGUUACCGAGCGUGCGCUGGACAAGAUUUGGCAAGAGUAGAAUUGAAAACGAUAGUUACUCGACUCAUGCAGUAUGUAACAUUUAUUGAUGGAGGAGAAGAGAAAAAUAGUGGCGGGAAAGUACAAGGUCUAACGACUGUACCGAAACAUAUAGGCGUUUACAUUCGAUUUGAUUGA